AUGCUUUUAGUGGCAACUGCUGUUUACCUUUACUACACGGCAUGGACUCUACUCAUGCCCUUUGUCGAUGACGGCCACCCACUCCAUGACCUCUUCCCACCCCGUGUCUGGGCAAUCCGUAUUCCCGUUAUCCUGACGCUACUCGGAUCUGCGGUCGUGGGUUCAUUCCUAGGUGUUGUUAUGAUUCGAAGUAAUCGGAAAAAGGCUGCCAAAGCGAAGGCAGCAUCGAAGAAGAAAGCUUGA